AUGCAUGCAUUAGAGGAAGCAAAAAAAAAUAUUCUUGCUGCUGUGCAGCAGAAGCAGCAGCAGCAGCAGCAGCAGCAGCAGCAGCAGGAAGAUGAUGAUAGCAGCAGUGAUAGUGAUUGUGAUGAAUAUGACGACACCACCACAACCCCCAGCAGCAGCAGCAACAGCAACAGCAGCAACAGCAACAGCAGCAGCAGCAGCAGCAGCAACAGCAGCAGCAGGAAGAAGAAGAGGAGCAGCAAGAAGAUGAUAACAGCAGAUGAUAUAUUGUUGCUUCCUUUUGAUUUAUCUAAAGGAUUAGAUGAUGAGAUUAGACUGCAGCACAAGCAGCAGCAGCAGCAGCAGCAGCAGCAGCAGCAAGUGCAGCAGCAGCAAGUGCAGCAGCAAGAAGGCGAGCAACAGCUAGACCACCAGCAGCAGCAGCAGCAGCAGCAGCAGCAGGAAGAAGAAGAAGAACCUGAUGAAUGGCAACAACUUGUAGAUAAGGCAGUUAAUUGGAGGGGAGGAGUAGAUAUAUUAUUCAAUAAUGCAG